AUGUACCCAAGACGAAAGCCGGUCCCUGAGUUUGGAGAUUCUUCGGCUCCUGCAAAGUCUCCACUAAGAAAUUCUGGGGCUAGUUUGACGGUUGCAGUUAGUGGAGCAACUCAUACCACUAUUCUAAAACCUGUUAUUAGUACAAUGGCAAUAACUAACCCUCUUUCAACUUCCAAUGAUCCUAUAUUACGAUCAAGUCACUCUACAGAUUCAGUAUAUUCAUCAAAUUCUCCUCCUUCAUAUGAUCGUGAUUUUACAACGGUUGAAAAAUUGGAUUAUGAAGAAUCCAUUAUAUCAAAAAGGCGUGGUUCUGGAAAUAUUAGAUUACCUUCAUUAGCAAUUGCUAUUUUAUUAGAUACCACAGAUGAAAUGUUGAUGCAAUUAUUAAUUUCUCAGGCAGUAAUUGAUGCAAAAGAUUUUGAAAUUUUAAGUUUGGAAGAAGUUGGGGAAUUGAAGAGGGAUCAUUCAUUAUUGACAACACGUAUCACAGCUCUUACAUCUAAAUUAUCGCUUGAAUCAAAGAUUCGAGAAGCUGCAAGUUCUCUUGCUCGACUUCAUGCUUCAAAUAAGAGAUUAUCAAGGCAAGCAACCGAUCAUCUUUCACAGGCAAAUAGGAAAGUUGAUCAGGUUGCUACUGAACUUUGGAAGUUAACUCAGAGGGCUGGAGAAGUCCAAAGAAGAUUAUUACAACAUAUGGCCGGAAUUCUUUGUAUGGGAUUUCGUAAAUUAGAAGAAAAUCAAGCUCAAUUAAUACCACAGAAUCCUGCACAAAAUUCAUCAUCAGAGGGUACGAACGGAACGAAUGGAAUUGAUAAUUUAUUUAAUGAAAUUAUGGGAAUGAAUGACAAAGGAUCUGAUCCCGCAUUAUUAGGAAAAGUGACAAAUUUAGAAAAUUCACUUCAUACAGCACAUCAAACUCUAGCAGAUGCUAGAUUGGCAUUAAAACAAAGAACCAUUGCUGAAUUAAGGAGUGAGUUGGAAGAGGUCGGAAGUCGAUUGGAUAUAAUUCUCAGAAAACAUAAAGCUAACAAUCGACAGAGGGAUUCGAAUUUUGAUUUCGAAGAAUCGGCGGAACCAGAUUAUAGAGGAUCAUUUUAUCGAUUAUCAACGAUGACAACAGCGACGCAACAUUUACAGAAGGAACAAUAUAAAAACAUAUCAGAUAACUUGGGUGAAUUGGAAAAGGCAUUAGAAGGUCAUGUGUUCCGUUUAUAUAAAUUAGAACAGGAAUUAAAUUCAAUUAAAAAUAAUUCCGAUGAUGAUACCAAAUCAUUACAACAAAAUAAUAAUGUUAAACAAGUAGAAGAUCUAGAAUUACAGGUCAAAGAGAUGGAAGCUACCCGUAAUGAGCUUGAAGAAACUAAAUUAAAAUUAUUCGAAAUCGAAUCAAAAGCCGAUAAUGCGAUAUCUAAAGUAGAAAAUACUAAUUUAAAGCAAAAUAAUUUAUUACAAGAAUUGGAGGAUGAGAGAGAAAAAUUGACGGCUGCCAAAGAGAAGAUAAGAAAAUAUGAAGCCAUACUUAAAAGACAAUCAGUUAUUCAGAUUGUAGAUAAUGGAACUUCAAUUAAAGAAGAAUUUCAACAACAAUUAGCUGCGCAGGAACAAGAAUACGAAGCACAAAUAAAAGAGAGUGAAAUCACCAUAUCUAAAUUGAGAAAGGAUCUGCAGAAAGUUAAUACCGAAAAAGAUAAUAUUUCACAGGUGGUUAGAGAUUUGGAAGAUAUGUUGAAAUCUAAAUCUAGAACUUUAGAUCAAAAAGAAGGUACAAUAUAUAAGUUAGAAGGAGAAGUUGUUUCAUCAAACGAAGUAGAGGAGAAACUCAGAGUACAACUAGAUGAAGCACUUGAAGAAGUGAAACAAUUAAAAUUAAUAAAAGAAAAUCUUGAAUUAAAAAUACAGAAACUUGAUGAAACGAUAGCUACUGCUCAACACGAAUUUUCAAUACGUGAAAAAUCACUCGAGAAAGGUUCUGAUGCAUUACAUAAGGAAUUGGAUGCCGCACUUCGAGAAUUUGAUAGAUUAACGAAAAAUUUCAUGGACUUUGAUGAAGAAAGAAUAAAGUUACAAUCCAAUAUAGAUAAAUUACAAAAGAAAUGUGAACAACUUGAAAAUGAAUUAUCAGACGAAAAGAUUAAUCAUAUAGGAAAUGGUUCAAAUAAUAAUGGUAAUGCAUCCACGGUUGCAUUAAGAAAAGAAUUUCGAAAGAUGAUCGGAGACUUAAAAAUUGAACAUAAAAAAGAAUUAGAGUAUGAGAUAGAGGAGAAAAAGAAGUUGGAAGCUACAUUGAGAAAUAAUAAGCGAGAAAAAGAAGCUAAAAAAUGGGACGCGGAUACUAAGGGUACUCAAACCAGAUGUAUUAUUAGUGUUGGAUAA